UAUGUCGGAAAACAUAUGGUCCACCGACUGCACGCAAUUUACUUUGUUACGUCGCCUCUGAAAUUUUUGAAAUAUAAUCGAGGUUUUAUUCAAUUACAAUGUUGCCAAUAGCACAUGGAAUUUACAGAGGCCUGGUCAACAUUACUCGGAAUAGCCGGGGAGCUUUUCACACGGCCAGCGCCUUUCGAUGCAAGGCGAAGACUUCGACUGAAGAAAAUGAUGCGGCUGCCCCUGAGGGCGAAGGAGAGGAUAACACCAGUAGUUCCGCACCGGACGCAAAGGAUCGCAGCAAGGCUAUCCCCGUGGAGACCUCGAUUCGAUACUUAAAGAGCGCCGCUUACAAGCAAACCUACGGCGAGGACUUUGUGUGGACGCAGUAUCGGCGCAACCACAAGGGCAUGUAUGCGCCGCGGAAAACACGAAAGACGUGCAUUCGUCAGAACCGUAUCUCAACCGGAAAUCCUUGUCCCAUUUGCCGUGAUGAGUACUUGGUACUGGACUACCGCAACACGGAGCUCCUGGAGCAGUUCAUAUCCCCCCACAGCGGAGACGUUCUCAGCUACUCAAAGACAGGCCUGUGUCAAAAGAGUCAUUUGCGACUAAUGGUGGCCGUUCAGCAAGCCCGCGACUCCGGAUACCUUACAUAUGAUGUGCCCUUCAGGGAAUAUGAUUACAACGAGUACUACGGUAAGGAGCAGAAUCAGAAAGCUUAACUGAUUUACUUGUCUUAAUUAAAAGAAAUUACUGUAAACAAA